AUGAAGGUGGAAGAGAAAGGCACUGAUUACACACGGGAUGGGACUGUUGAUCUAAAAGGCAGACCUGUCCUUAGAUCAAACACUGGCAAAUGGAAAGCUUGUUAUUUCAUUGUUGGGUAUGAAAUAUUUGAGAGGAUGGCAUAUUAUGGGAUUGCAUCAAACCUAGUAAUUUAUUUGACACAGAAGCUCCAUGAAGGCACUGUGACAUCCUCAAAUAAUGUCACCAACUGGGUUGGUACUGUAUGGUUGACACCCCUUUUGGGUGCUUAUAUCGCCGAUACUUUUCUUGGUCGAUAUUGGACUUUCCUCGUCGCAUCAGCCAUUUACCUUGUGGGAAUGUGCUUAUUGACUCUAGCAGUAUCAUUGCCUGCAUUGAGGCCUCCAUCUUGUGGGCAUGAAGUAAAGAAUGUAAAUUGUGAGAAACACGCCUCAGUAUUACAAAUCGGCGUAUUCUACUGUGCGUUGUACAUAAUUGCAGUUGGAACAGGUGGAACAAAGCCCAAUAUCUCCACAAUGGGAGCAGACCAAUUUGAUGAUUUUGAGCCUAAAGAAAGGUUCCAAAAGCUCUCAUUCUUCAACUGGUGGAUGUUUAGUAUCUUCUUUGGCACCCUUUUCUCCAACACUUUCCUUAUAUACAUUCAAGACAAUGUGAGGUGGGAAAUUGGCUAUGGCCUCCCAACACUUGGGCUCUUGGUAUCAAUACUUGUCUUCAUUAUGGGUACACGUUAUUAUAGACAUAAGCCCCCAUCAGGUAGCCCGCUGACUCGGAUGGCUAGAGUGCUCGUAGCCACUAUAAGGAAGUGGAAGGUAGUUGUCCCUGACGAACCUAGGGAGCUUUAUGAGCUGAGCUUAGAAGAGUACUCCAAUCCUGGUCUUUUUAGAAUUGAUCACACCCCUUCUCUCAGUCUCCUGGAUAAAGCAGCUGUCAAAAUCGAGCCAAAUUCGCCAUGGAUGUUAUGUCCAGUGACACAAGUUGAACAAACCAAACAAAUGAUAAAAAUGAUUCCAAUUUUAUUUGCAACUUUCAUACCGGCUAUAACAUUCGCACAGACAAGCACUCUCUUUAUCAAGCAAGGCACAACUUUAGAACGAAGCAUUGGUCCUCAUUUCAAAAUUCCUCCAGCAUGUCUCACAGCAUUUGCGACAAUUUUCAUGCUUACAAGCAUUGUACUGUAUGACUCGUUCUUCGUUCCCUUUGUACGAAAAUACACGAAGAAUCCAAGAGGGAUCACAUUGCUACAGAGGAUGGGGAUCGGCCUUGUGUUGCAUGUCAUAACCAUGGUUACUGCUUGUUUAGCUGAAAGAAGGCGCCUAAGGGUUGCUAGAGAGAACGAAAUCUUCGAGAAAAAUCAAAUUGUUCCUCUUUCGAUCUUCAUUCUUCUCCCACAGUUUGCUCUAAUAGGGGUAGCCGAUACCUUUGUAGAAGUUGCGAAAAUCGAGUUCUUCUAUGAUCAAGCACCUGAAGGCAUGAAAAGCCUGGGAAGUGCCUAUUUUUCAACCAGUUUUGGAGUUGGAUACUUCUUAAGUAGUUUUCUGCUGAAAACUGUGUCUGAUAUUACCAAGAAACAUGGUAAAGGGUGGAUUUUGGACAACUUAAACGUCUCUCAUUUGGACUACUAUUAUGGACUUUUGGCUGUGCUGAGCUUUCUUAACUUGCUCUACUUUCUGGUAGUUGCAAAGCUCUUUGUUUACAGCACGGAUAUGAGAGAUAGGAAAGGGAGUUGCGAGGCGAUGGAUGCCCAACGAAACAAUUCUACACGAUCCGAGGAAAUAACUUUGAAUGAUAAAGCAAGAUCGUAG